AUGGAAGACGACUGCCGGCCCUCGAGACAUCACGACCGACUAGCAUUUCUUACGCUAACUAACAAGAUUCGGGACUGGGCGCAGGUUCAUGACACUGCUGAGCCUCGUCUACUGACACCUGAGGAUCGCCAUCUCAUCAGGGCAUGCGGCAGAGUUGAACCCCAUGAGUUGGCUCUCACCAAAUGGAAGCCAGGUCCGGCAGCCACAGACCACAUGGUGCGAAGGAGAUACCGAAUCACGAUUGCGGCAACAGGCAAAUGCGUAUUCGAGGUGUGCCCCAAGUGGCACCGCUUCAUCAAGCCUGCUGCUUGCCAGUGGCGGGAAAGAGCAAGGCAGAUAUUGCCGGAGCUUUUCGAGGCGGAAAGACCGACUCAGAAAGAUGGCGCUGGCGAUGAGAGCAACGUGCGGAGCAACCCAGACUUGGCUUCACGAAACAGAGACAAUCACCGUUGGGUUAACGACGCUGACAGCAUGGCUGAGUACGUCUUAUCGGACUCCUGCGCGGAAGCAGCAAACUCGAGAGAGAGCCUGGAAAGCAGACAGAGUGAGGAAAGAGAGCAAAGUGAUGCCAGUAGCAACGCUGACUACGAUUACACAUAUGCAGGCAAUGCAGCCAAGCAGGGGCAGCGCGCCAAGAACGACAACGGCAACAACGGACCAUCGGUAAAGACCAGAGCUCAUGUUCCACGGAAGGAACAGAGCGAUGCACGACCGCGAGCCAAAGCAAGGGUCAAGGCAGCCCGCAGCCUCACGCCGCCCCGAUUCAUGACCUCGUUUGAGCCUUAUCGAGACUCGACGGCCGAAGGCCGGGCCAGGAAGCUGACAACGACCCCAACCCAGGCCAAGGCACAUGUUGAGCAAUGCGCGAGCUCAACUCCCGAACAUCAGACAACGAAGCUCAGCAAGGCAGCUUUCUGGGCCAAAGCCUCUCGCAGACCAUCAGAUGACAUGAUAACGGGUGGGCCCGCCAGCCGGGCCGAGUUUGCUCAGAUGCUCCAAACGCGGAAGAAGAGAUUGAAGCGUGCGAAGAAGUCAGGGCGAGCUGGGAAGGAGAAGAGGGCGCAAAAGGCAAAAGCGCUGAGAAGGUCGCGAUGA